AUGGCCACCGCCAUCCCCUCCUCAGAAAAGUUACCACCUUCAUACCCGUCAUAUCCCGUCUCCACACCCUCGUCUUCGUCAGCUUUGGCCUCGUCAUCGUCGAGCAAACCGACGUUUUUGUCGCCCCUCUCGAAUGCGUAUAAUCGUUUCUCGGGGUGGAGAGCGGCGCUUGGGUUGUCCAAUCCUGGCUCGGUGGAGAACCUGCAGAAGGAGGUCAAAAACACGCACCUGACGAACUUCUUCUUCGAUGGCGCGCGAGCGGACCUGACGAAGGGACUGUCGAUGGAGCCUGUGUUCCAAGUGACACAUUCGUUCUCAUUGGCGUCGCAGACGUCGCCGUCGAUGUAUAAUUUUGGGGCUAUCUUCGCCAAUGCUAACACAUUGUUGACGGGCCACGUUGACCACGAAGGUGCUGUCAACGCACGGUUGAACCAGGGCUGGUCACCUACAAAUGUCUCAAAAAUUCAGGCCCAGUUCUCCGGUCAAGCAGGCCAGAACAUGAUCCAGCUCGAGCAGGACUACGGAGGCCAAGACUUCAACAUGAACGUAAAAGCGAUCAACCCCUCCCCCCUCGACCUCAACGGGAUCUAUGUCGGCUCCUACCUCCAAUCCAUCAGCAAAAACCUCGCCCUCGGUUUCGAAACAAUCUACCAACGCCAAGCGCCCCAACAGACCGACUUCACGACCCAAUACGUCGCCAAACUCACCGGAACGGACAAGGACUGGAUCGCGACGGCGACGGUGCAGCCCGCGGGGAUGAUGCUCGCCACGUAUUGGCAUAAGUUGAGCGAGAAGGUGGACGCGGCGGCGGAGUUGCAGGUGAUCGCGGCGCCGGCGAGGAGAGACGCGAUUGCGACGUUGGGGGCAAAGUAUGAUUUGAGGAUGUCGACGUUUAGGGCCCAGGUGGAUUCGACGGGGAAGGUCUCGGCGUUGUUGGAACAGAGGUUCGCGCCGACGUUCACUUUCACCGUUGCGGGUGAGAUUGAUCACUUCAAGAACGCUGCGAAGGUGGGUGUGGGUGUGUCGAUCGAGAGCACGACCUUGACACCGGAGGAGAUGGGAAUGCCCCCUCCGCCAGGGUACCCAUGA